AUUGCCAUAUUUUAUAAAACAUCAAUGACACGUAAUCAAAGUGUUAUUAAAAGCGAUAACAACGGAUCGGUCUCAAAAGCACACGAACCUAAGCUAGGGUCAUGGUUCUCAAUUGGAGAAAUUGCCAAAGGUGACCUUAGUACUGUUUCCAGAGUGAUCGAUAGUGAAGGGAAGAUUGAAGCUGCAAUGAAGGUAGAAAAGCUGUCAAAAGAUUCAAAAAAGAGGUCUAUUGAGAAGGAUGUGCUUGAAGCUUUACGUGACAGUCCUCAUUCUGCCCAUAUCAUCGAACAACUAUUGAUUGGGGACUACAGAUUCACUGUUAUGACAUUGUCUGGCCCAACACUCGGGAUUAUCAAGCACAUUAUGGACAACAAGUUCAGUGAUUCUACAAUACUUCGUCUUUCAAUGAGAACUCUGAUGGCGAUCAAGGAUCUUCACGAGCACGGCUUCAUCCAUCGUGACUUGGAACCUUUCAACAUUGCUUUAUCCCCGUACAAAUCGUCUCGGAACAUUCUCCUUUUGGAUUUCGGAGAGGCGAGGCAAUUUGCAAGAAACGAUAAUGGCAAGUGGAUGUUGAGAAAACCAAGAGACAAGGCUCCAUUCCGUGGAUCGGAUCAAUAUUGCUCACCCAGAAUGCACAACCACGAAGAGCAAGGAAGAGUUGACGAUCUGUGGUCGUGGCUUUAUGUGUUUGUCGAGCUGCGAGCAUUCUUGCCAUGGACUGACUCAACAUCUCGUUUCAAGUACGGACCUCUGAAAAGAGAACUUCUCGAUGAUUUGCUUGCCUCGGACCCAUUCAUCACAACCUUCUGCCCGAUCGUGACACUUUUGAGAGAAGGCAAGUACGCGGAUCGCCCAGACUACGGAAAAAUCUACGAAAUCUUGGCUGCAAAAAUGACAUCAAUGGGCGUGAAAUGGACGGAUCCAAUGGAUUUUGAUUUGCAAGCAGACAAGCCUAACUACUUCUCGAAAUCACCAUCAAAUGAAGAAGUGAUGACAGAUGAGCAGAUUUCCGCCGCGUUUCACGAACAAAUUGUGCCGGGUGGUCUACAGUACGUCUUGCCAGCAAAUGUGCCGUUUUAUGCAGAGGAAAAAGUUGUGAAGAAGAAUAAGGAGAAAGAAAGGGAGAAGGAAAAAGACAAGGAGAAAGAGAAGGAGAAGGACAAGGAGAAAGAAAAGGAGAAAGAAAAGGAGAAAGAGAAGGACAAAGAAAAGGAGCGGGAGAAACGAAAGAGUAAGGAGAAGAUCAAGGAAAAAGAGAAGAAGAUGGGAUCUCUAGAGAAAACAACUGAAAGAACUUCCGAAGCUCCGAGCACAAAUGCACUUCCGAAGGCCAAACCCAAAAAAAUCAGAACUCUUCCACCUAAGCAGAAGCAUACAAAGACUAGCUCGACUAGCUCGGUGAGCCAUCAAACUCCACCGUCUCCAAUCAAGAAGCCAUCGCCAAAACUUCCAGCACAAGUCAAGAAGAAAACUGUUUCAACGGGAGGAGGUUCUAAACAGAAGGCAAAAAUAUAACUCAAUGUAUAAGCGUGAUUCGUGAAAAAUACAUUUAUUGUAUUGAAAAUGUUUUUUACUCCAACAAAUGAAUAUUUAAUUAAUAUUAUGA